UUGUCAUGUUUACUGAAAUAUGUCAUUUGGUUUAGACAUUUUAAUAUUUUCUUUUAAUCUGAAUUGAUGAUUAUUUCUUUUAAUGAGAAUCAAAAAAGUUUAGUGGUUUUUGUUGGUUUCUAUUUCGUCUAAGUGAUGAUAAUUCAUAUGAUUUUCUUCAGGAAGAACUUUCAGAACAGUCUUAUCUAGUUUUUAAGAAGCAAUCAUGCCGGCCCCACCUCCACCGCCCCCUAUGGCCCCGGGGGCCCCGCCGAUACCUAAUUUCAAAUUAUCGAAAAGCAGUGCCAAUGAGAGGAACGCCCUACUGAAUUCAAUUAAGAAAGGAACUAAAUUGAAGAAAACGGUUACUAAUGAUAAGAGUGCACCUUUCAUUCCAGAACAUACUGCACACCUUCUAAUGGGAGGUCUUGCAGUAGGUUUGGAUUUCGGUAUCUUUUUUAUGAAGUGUCUUGCCGAAACAGUGAUGACAUCUCCUCUUACGAAGACGCCAUGUAUGGGAUCAUCAGUUGAGUCCAACAAUGCAUUUGUGGUUCAGCCUGUCACCACUGCUGAGACCUAUUGUGGGUCGAAACAGCGUUAUCUGAUUACACCCGAAACAAAUGUACAGCGACAGCCUUUUUUUAAUAAAGAAAUCACUUCGAACGGUAGUGGUCUUCAUAAAAAUAAGUCAUCUCCGAAUACAAAUUCAAAUCUGACGGCCAACCCAAGUACGUUACAUCGUAAAGCGAAAAGUAAUGUGAACCUGAGUACGUUAGAAGUGAGCGAUGAUAAGAAAAAUGGAUUUCAACCCUUUAAGCCUGUGAUCAAUCAUGGAAAGCCUAACUUGGCUCCAAAACCACCUGUGUUAAGUAUUAAACCUACCGGCCUUCAAAUCAAACAUAACAAACCUAUCAGCAGAACCCACAGUUUGAAAAGUCCACGAACGCCACCUCCCCAAAGUCCUGAUGAUAAUCCAAUGAAUAAAUUUGGCACGGUACGUCAUAUGUCUUCCAUCAUUGGUCAAUCGUUAGCAAAUUCUGCAGGACACAAUUCGAGGUCUAGGCCUGCUCUGAAUGGUAGACCACCUGCACCUCCACCAUCGGUACCAACACAACAUACACCAAAUCAUAUAUCAUCUCCUAGUCAACCGCCGCCACCGCCACCUCCAAAAGUGAACACGGUGAAACAUCCAAACCAGGCACCCCCUCCACCACCUCCUAUAUCUACAAUACCGCAGGCGCCUAGUCAUGCCCCGCCGCCACCCCCGCCUCAUAAAACGCAACAGUCCAGGCCACCCCUUUCUGUCCCCCAGGAAAACAACAAUAUCAACCCGCCCCCACCUCCGCCAAGGCAUUCGUCAAUGAGAGAAGCUUCCAUGAAUGUGAGAGUCAAUUUAGAGGAAAAAUUCAAAACAAUGUUUAAACCUCCAAAUACUUUCCCACAACCACCCCCAUUCAAGAACGUUAUCAAGUUAUACAACUAUAAACCAGGCUUAAAAUCUGGUUUUAACUGACCAUACAUUAGGUACUAUGACUUGUUUAAAUAUUUGUUACAUUUACUAAUUGAUUAAUAGAGUUUUCCAAAAGGCA